UGAGCUUCUUCUUUCAUCUUAACUAAUAAUAAUUUAGAACAAUUUUAUUUGCAUUUUUGAAGUAGCUUAUAAAGCUUAUAUAGAGCAUUGAACUAUUAAUUAUUAGCUAUUAUUUAUUUACCGAAAUUGACAUAUAAAUAAUGCACUAAUUAAGCUCUUUAAUAUCUGAGUUUUGUCUCUGCCUUCGAUCAAAUCUCUUAUAAUAAAUCGCCAAUUUGCAGUUCUUUGUGCAGGGCUUUCCUCGUCAUUCCUUCUGCUCCGCUUUAAGUGUUUUGUUUUCGUUACUCAAUUGAGCGUCCUCCUUGGAGGGAAAAACAGCUGAAAAACAGCCGCGAUAUAUAUAUAUAUACGAUUUAGCAUAUACGGAAACACAGGCGUAAAUUGGCGGCGAUAUCAAUUGGAAGAGGUGCAAAUGGCCCGAGGAGUGUUACCGCGUUAUGGCAAAUGCAACUUGACUAAUUAAAAGUGCAAAACUAUGCGCAUGUUGAUAGUGCAAGACCUUUUUCACUUUGUUUUUUCUAUUGUUUUCUAUAUCUUUCCAAUCAAUACCUAAUGCAGUGGCAGUUUCUUGCUUUCAUCUGCCUGAAAUCCCUGACCUGUACCAAUUCCGUUCAGCUCUCAUAUUUUUCUUCAAUCAUUUGAAAGUCAACAAACGGCGAGGCAUCGUUGAGAGGCUUUUAAAAAGUGUUUGUUUUCUGUUUAUUUGCGUAUCGUUUAUUUAUAGGCAUUAAAUGCAUCUGUCGGGCCAUUGUGAAUGCCCAAUAUUUAUUCGUGUUUACAUAUUGCAAUAUAAAAAAAAAACAUAAACGGCCACAAAACAUAAUCAAAAGCACAAACAUUCUACCUCGUCAAGUGCAUGAAAAUCAACUGUUUUUUACUCUUUUAAUCUCUUCUCUUUUUUCUCACUUUUCAUGCUAAUUUGCGGGGAGUAGUGCAUCACGUAAUGACAGAGCAUUUGCAUUUUAUCUUGAAAGAUAAUAUUUUAAUAAUUGUAACAAAAAUAAAAAUUGCCAAUUUAGAAAUUCGCGCUGGAACUGGGAAACAGUUGUUGAAAUGGAAAACCAUAUUAUUUUUGUAAAUGCAAAGAACAUUUGGCAAAGCAAAACAAUAUUUUGCUUAUAUAGAAAUGGUUGUUAAGGCCAGUGCCUCAGUUUCGUUAAUGGACUAUUGCCCCUACUUAAAAUGUUUUUUCACGUUUAAUUAUUUGUUGCAACACAGACUUACUCUUACAGAUUCUCACCUUUCUAGCCCUUACAGUUUAAUAUACGUUUUCUUACUUAACCAGAAACUCUGAUCAUCUCAUCUUGGGAAUAUCCAUAACUGAUUGAUGAUCAUUCACUCCUCUUUUUAGAAUUAAUUUUUAAAGUAUAUUGACCAUAUCAUCUAUACUUCUUAUAUAUAGCUCUUUUUGAGUAUAUAAUUUAUCCAAUAACGAAAAAUAUUUAGUAUAUAAAGUGUGUAUAGUAUAUAUGCAAUAUUAAAAGUGAAUUUAAUAGUUUAAUGAAAGCUUACAAUAUAUACAAUAUAUAACCAGUUAAAAAUUUAGUUUUGUAUUUAAGAAAUAAUAUUUUUCUAGUAUCAGCAUCAUUGAAAAAUGUUAACUUAAUCAAUAUUAAAACAAAACUUAGUCUUUGUAAUUGCCCACUAAAUAUGUUCACUGUUUUCCUUCUAUGUAACCUAAUAGUUUAUAAUUUUUUAAAUAGGAUCCCAUCUAUUAAACGAGUAGUUUGUUGUUUUACUAUAAACAAAUAUUUAAAGUUUGCGACAAGUCAUUAUUCUUCAGAUUUAGUUACCAAGAAAGCAGCUUGCCAAACCCUUUAGCCAAACUAAAAAAACUCUUGCAAUGAGCUUGCCCCACUGUCUUGGUUUGACCAGCUCAACCCACACAAUGUUUUCGCAAACUAUACUUUGACCUGUCCACGCCACAUUUGCAACGAUAAUUGGCAAAAUGAAAAGUAAAAAUAAAAGCACCCACGGUUAGCAAAGAAGAAUAUUAGAAGGAACCCCGAGAGUCACACAGAGAGAGUGCCACCCAAAAAUGAAAACAAGACAACCUCUGACGCUUUGCUUUCGCUUUUCUAUUCAUCGCAGACAUCUGAGUAUUUUUAGAUCAAUUUUUCUUUCUGUUGGUCGUGAUUUUUCUUUAUUUUUUUGCCAUUUUUUUGCGACUUUUAUUUGCCAGCAAAGAUGCUGUUUUACUGCGACUCGAUCGGGCCAUAAAUAAGUGUAUACGAGAGUGGGCUGUCAGUGCAUCAAACUAUAAAAACUGCCGAAGCCUAUAAUUUGUCAUUAGCAUUUGCAUUUUAUCAUUUUUCAUGAUUUCAUACUAUUUUUCCAUUGAUUAAUUUUCCAUAUUUUUUGCACAUUUUUUCAGCCAAACCAGUUACAAGCACUUAAUUGCAAUUGCUAAAACGACAAAAAAUUAGUAAACAGCGAACCGAAAGAACGUGAGAAAAUGCAUCAUUUGUGGAAGAGGAACUGGCUUUGGUCUCUGAUGAUAUUCUCGGCCCUGCUCCUCCUUUCGGUGGCCAAUUCGGAGGAAUGCGGCCAUGAGGAGUUCACCAAGUGCUCCGAACCACUUGAUAUGCUGCAUUUAACGUCGAACUUCUCGAUUGGCGCGGCCAAGAAGGACGAACUGGACAAACUUUGUCAUGAGCUGCGCAAGGGAGUCAGGUGCAUCCAGAGCUACACUCGCCGUUGCAUGGAUCUGCAGCAGAGGAACGAGUUCAACAAGCUCUACCACGGCACCAACCAGUUCAUCAGGGAUCUGUGCAACAAGGGCGAGUUCCAGGAGCAGUACCUGAAGCACUCCCACUGCUCCGAAAUCGCCAAACGGGAGUUCGAGGUGUGCUCCAAUCGGUACAGGGAUACGAUGGUGUUCCUGAACCCAAAUAAGAACCAGGAAACAUCCGAGAAUGGCACUGUGAAUGAAAACAUCAAAACCAUUUGCUGCUCUAUUAGUGAACUUUUGGAUUGCUCGGAAGAUGCUGCAAAGAAGGUGUGCGGCCAUGAGGCGGCCAAGUUCACGCGAGAACUGGUGGACAAGUAUGCCAACGGCCUGACCAAGAUCUACUGCGUGAACUUUACCCGAAAUCCGGGAAUCUGUCGGAAAGGCGAUGGAAACGGCUCCAGUCGAGCGGCUCUGAGCAGUUUGAGCCUUCUGCUGGCAGGGACAUUACUCACACUGCUGGUCAGCAGAGGCAACAGAUAGAUGGCAGAACCACAGCUAAGUGCAAAAAUCUAGAACCAGUCUUUCCAAAACGGAAUUAUGCGAUGCAAAAAUGAGAAGGAAAAAUAGUUAAGGUUUCCCCCAUCACACCGAAAGAAUUCCACACGCUGUUACGCAUACGUUUUUGGCAGUCAAUUUAGGCCACAGAAAUCCCCGAGAGAUCGAUGGAGUAAGCUAUCAAGUAAAGUACAUGUUAAGUAUGUUAUGUAUACCAGUAUGCAUAUAUAUAUAUUAUAUAUAGGGGAUAGAAGAGCAGUGUCAGGCAUAGCUAAGAUCGUAUAUAUAUAUAUAUACGGAUGUGUAUGUUACUAUAUAAAGGAUAUAGGCUAGCUAGUUAGAAUCAGUGUUGAGUGUGUGGCAGGCAGGUUAGUCGUUGUUGGCCUUACUUUCCAAUCAGUCGUCGUCGAUCGUGCAAUACUAGAGUUUCGUUGAGUUUGUUGAAGUUGUCCAGGCUUUAAGUGUAGGAAUAUAUUUUAGAAAAAUGCCCCUAAGUUUCACACAAAUUGUUGUUAGCUGAAGCGCCCUAUUGAGCGCGCCCUUAAACCCCUUAAGUUCCAUCUAGCAAAAGUCAUUUUGUGUUAAUCAGUGGCAGGCGCACAAGGAAAACCCUCCCCAGAGGGGGUUUGCUCACAUAUCGGCAAUAACUUCACGUAAACUAAAAGUGCAUUUCUAUGAAUGAGGAUUUUAAAAAUUAUUUAUAAACCUUUUUAGUGGAUAGCGUAUAUUUAUUUCAAACACUGUAAAUACCUUAAACUAUAUUCAAAUUCGGAAAUAUACAUACAAAUAUAAA